GAUAUGUGUUUCCUGAUUGGCCGGAAGUGCUUCUUCUUCCGUUUAAAACUGCCGAACGUGUUGGUCGCGUCGCUAGUUCAUAAAGUCCAUAAAUGUGAGUCUUCCUGUCUGUGUCUCUGUCCACGGGUUGAACAGAGCAAUGGCCGGCCCAGAGCUCCUACUGGACUCCAGUAUUCGGUUGUGGGUGGUCCUGCCCAUUGUCUUUAUCACCUUUUUCGUUGGGAUUAUCCGUCACUAUGUGACCCAGCUGCUCCACAGUGACAAGAAGAUUGACCUUGAGCAGGUUUCUGACAGUCAAGUGCUCCUGCGCAGCCGCAUCCUCAGAGAGAAUGGGAAGUACAUUCCCCGACAGUCUUUCGCCAUGAGGAAACAUUACUUCAACAAUGCAGAGACUGGCUUCUUCAAGAAGGUCAAGAGGAAGGUCGUCCCCAAGAAUCCAAUGACAGACAGCAGCAUGUUGACAGACAUGAUGAAGGGAAACCUGACCAACGUCCUGCCCAUGAUUGUGAUUGGUGGAUGGAUCAACUGGGCUUUCUCUGGAUUCGUUAUAACUAAAGUGCCGUUCCCUCUGACUCUGAGGUUCAAGCCAAUGUUACAGAGAGGGAUAGACCUGCUGUCACUGGACGCUUCCUGGGUGAGUUCUGCGUCCUGGUACUUCCUGAAUGUGUUCGGACUGAGGAGCAUGUACAGCCUCAUACUGGGACAAGACAACGCUGCUGACCAGUCACGGAUCAUGCAGGACCAGAUGACUGGCGCCGCCAUGUCUAUGCCCCCUGACCCAAACAAAGCCUUUAAGAGUGAGUGGGAGGCGCUGGAGAUUGUAGAACAUAAGUGGGCACUGGAGAAUGUGGAGGAAGAGCUGAUGUCCAGAGACCUUAACUUUGGAACGUUCUUCAGCCAGGACAUUAAGUCCACCAUGUUCUAGAACAGGACGCGUGGGCUCUGGAGCGACCGUGAAGGGUUCUAGAACUCGGCUAGAUGCAGCUCUGAAGGUCCUAAAGUGCAGGACAUGUCGGCUCUGUGACAGCUCUGAGGGUUCUAGAACACAGUCGUCACAAAUUCUAAUCACACACUUCCUGCUUUUUUAGGAGCUGCCAAAUUUAAAGUGAUUUUUUUUUUUAACUGAAUAAAUGUACACAAUAACAAAAAAAAAGUAUGGCCCUCUACUUUUCUUCUUAAAAUCUUUUGAACUACCAAAGACAUGGCUUUAGCUCAAUGAUUAUUUAUGGUUAUUAACUAAUAAUUUAUGUUUUAGACAAACGGCCUGUCUUUCAGAUCUGCGUUCCAGGUUUUAAUGAAGAAAACCACAUUAGUGUCUGAAAUCUCUUCCUUUAUCAAGUGCCCUCAACAUUUAAACAGAGGAUUAGCAAAACAGCGUCCACAGCAUGUACACUGCUUUUGGAUAAAAUUCCCACAAUGCAGUGAGCCAUAUUUUGCAGGCGUAGAACAAUGUUGGUGAUGAUGAACCAAGAUGAUUUCAGACACGAUUGAAGCCUUAUUAAUUGUCUCUUGUGUGGAAAAGACGAGUUCUACAACGUUUCACAAACGGUCCAGGAGCCUGCGUUGACUCAGGAAACCAGCAGAUGGAGCACCGAGGUCGUGGUGUUUGUAGCAGACCUCUGGAGCAGCGUUUAAAGACAUUCAGGAGGACAGAACGGACAGAGGCGCUUUAAAUGACCGCAGGCGUUCAUGUUUUCUUCCUGUAGGACUUUGUGCAUGGACUUUUCUACACUGCUUGCCAGCUGAGGCUGUACGGCAACUUGAAGAGAGUGUUUAAUAAAUGUGCCAUCACUACUAA